UAGUGACACCGUCUUACCUGAUUGGAGAAAACACUUGUCAAUCAUAGCUGUGUCCUCUGUUGUCAUGCUUUUUCUUGUCUUUCCCAGAUCAUUGGCCAAUGUAGUGACCGGCUCUUACCUGAUUGGAGGAAAAGCUACCGAAAAAAGCAACAUAAAUGAAAAUACGAAGCAUUUUUUUCUUUCUUUGCGAUAAAAUAUCACGUAUAAUUAAAACUUGAACAACCUUGUGCUGUUCAUACGUAAUAACUAAUUUUAUGUGUAAAAUGCGGCUAAUGUUAAUUGUUAAUUCGGCUGUUUAACGCAAAAAUUGGCCACACGUGGUGACAUUCUCUUAUAUGAUUGGAGGAAGUACUUGUCAAUCAUGUUCUUUUUCUCAUUUUGUUGUAUAAUCUUGUAUCUCCUGUUGCUCCCAGCAAAAAGCUGUCUACCGUGAAACAGUGACAUAAAUAAAACUACAAGUUAUUUCUGAGCGAAAGUAUCACAUAAUUCCUAACACAACCCUCGAAUGUUUAGACAUCAUUAGACUCAUUACCGUUUUUUUUAAAGUACUACAGUCAAGCUAAUCUAAUUGCACUUCUUAACGGGGUCAGCAGGUGGCAGUGUUAGACAAGCUAUGACAACCGAACGUUUCAUCUUCGUGUUUAUGGUUCGCUGACAAAAUCGCGGGCACAUCGUACAUGCUGUUAAGUUUUACCUAAUGCGAUGUUUGUUUGGAUUUUUAACAUAUUCCAUUCAAUUUAUCAAUCUAACGCCACCUAGGACUACAUUUCCCGGUUACAACGUCGUUACGCAAGGCCUACACAACUUCCGCAAACAGGUUUUCAAAAUAAGAUACCACUCGCUCCGUUUCAUUGCUCCCGUGCGCCGCCGAUGGACGCGACCACAAACUGUGCUCUUAUUCUGAAAUUGCUGUCAUCGCCCGGCUUUUGGUGGCCGCCUGAGCCAACCUGAGCCCCCGGGAGGCUCCAUCCAGCCCCGGUACACAACCUCGCGAUGAAGCUCCGUUUCGCCGGGGCCGUGCUGCUGUCGGCGGCCGCCUACUACGUGUACCUGCCGCUGCCCCGCGGAGUGAGCGAGCCGUGGAAGCUCAUGCUGCUGGACGCCCUCUUCCGGGGAGUCAUGCGUGCGGGCGACGUGGCCCAGGCGCUGGGCGCGUGCCACCAGGUGCACCUGCUCAACCGGGCGGUGUCGUGGGCGGAGGUGAUCGAGGCUCGUUCCACCGCCGCCGUCGACGUCAGCGACGGCGAGCUGGGGGGCGUGCCCGCGCGGGUCUUCCUGUCGACGGGGGCCCGCGAGCCCAAAAGGGGGGUCGUCUACUUCCACGGCGGAGGCUGGGCGCUGGGCACUGCACGGAUGCGAUCAUAUGACCUCCUGUGCCGCAAGAUGGCUGGGGAGCUGGAUGCCGUCGUCAUUUCUGUCGACUACCGUCUGGCUCCGGAGGCGGUGUUCCCGGAUCAGUACCACGACGCGCUGGCGGCGGCGCGGGCCUUCCUGUCCGAGGAGGUCGCGGAGCGUUACGGCCUGGACCGCGAGCGGCUGUGCGUGUCGGGAGACAGCUCGGGAGGGAACCUGGCGGCGGCCGUCGCGCAGGAGCUGGGCUCCGACGACACUGUGACGGCUCGUUUCAAGGCGCAGGCGCUGAUCUAUCCAGUGCUGCAGGCGCUCGAUUUCCACACGCCGUCCUACCAGCAGAACCGGGCGGUGCCCAUCCUCUUCCGGCCCGUCAUGGCCCGGUUCUGGCUUCUCUACCUCGGUGCCGACCCGUCCCUGGAGCCGGCGCUGCUGGCCAACAACCACAGCGCCCCGGCCGCGCGCUCCCGGCUGGACUGGACCGCGUUGCUCCCGGCGGAGCGCAAGAAGGACUUCCAGCCGGUGGUGGCGGAAACGGGCUCGCCGGGCCUGUUGGGCCGGGUGCCGGCGCUGCUGGACGCGAGGGCGGCGCCCCUCCUGGCGGAGAGAGAUGUUCUGGGUAAGACGCCCGACGCGUACGUGCUGACGUGCGAGUUCGACGUGCUGCGCGACGACGGGCUGAUGUACGCCCAGCGCUUGCGGGAGGCCGGCGUCCGCGUCUCCGCCGACCACUACGAGGACGGCUUCCACGGCUGCUUGUCCUUCGCGGAUCUGCCCGUUCUGUCCGCCGUGGGCCGCCGCGCCCUCGACAACUACGUACGCUGGCUGGACCGGAACCUCUGAGGGGAAACACCGGAUGGUGGCGCCGUAGACCUUUUCACCACUACGUCACGCGUACUUCGUGCUGGCACAAGCCUGAGCAAACCCUUCCGUGUUGUUCGGCAGGUUUUUUCCACUGGAAUAAUUUAGAUUUUUAAAAGUUUAUUUACUUUUUUUUUUUAGGAAAUUGAAAGAAAAAAUCUUUUGCGGUCUAUCUGGCGACGCAACCCCAACCAGGCACGUGCACACACACUUUUGGGGGCAGGUGCUCAAGACUAAAAAGGGCACCCAUUGCCAAAAUUAUUCAUACAACUCAGAAAAAAACAGUAUGGUGUACAGGUGCAUCUCAAUACAUUAGAAUACAUUAGGAGGGUUCAUUUAUUUCAGCAUUGUAAUUCCAAAAGUGAAACUGAUUCAUUCAACACAAGAAAACAAUUUUCAGGACUUUUCUAACCUCAUUUGGUUGCUUGAGCACCACCUAGUGGCUCCGUGCACGUGCCUGCCAAACCCAACACGGUUUUGUUUGGUUUUCACUUCAGGCGAGCGAUUGCCACUCGCGUUCCGCCACCCUGUGAGGUGCCCUGGCGUCCAUUUUGAAAAAGUCUAGAGCGCAGAUGUGGCCCACCUGCUCGGCCGAAACAUUCUUUGGGCUUCGAGACAAAGGAUGAAGAAAGGCGGUAAAAAACAGAAGAGAAGCGAUUAAAACUUAAAAAAAAAAAAAAGAAGCCAAAGAAGAUGAUUGACACUUUUAAUGGUUUGAUUGGAUCACUGGAAACUUCCUGCUUUUCAAUCCUGCUUUUGGCCAAGUUGGCCUUUUAAUAGGAAAAGUUCAGAACUAAACAAUGAGUCAAGGGAGUGGGCUCGCACACACAAACACACACACAUGCACAGUACACACGCGCACAAAGGCCCACACACGCAUACAAACAUAUUUGCACACGCACACACAUCAAAAGGCCCAAACACACACACACAGUGCGUGUUAAAGGUGUGUCACGUGUGUGCGCACACUCUCUGGCUUGUGCAAUAUGAAAAUGCGCACUUGCACAUACGUGGCACGCGUCACAGGCUUGAAUGAUGAUGUCCCCACCAGGUGAUUUGUUACAUCAUCAGUGGACGCCGAUGUCUCAGAAAUGUGAAUAUUUUAGUUUUUCCGCUACUUUGCAUUGCGAGUAAAGUUUCGAGGAAAGCCCCGAAGUCACACUUACAGGCCACAAUAUUAGGGACGCUUGCAUGGGCCAUGUUGUUGUUUUUGGUACUUUUGGUUUGUCCCGUGGGGGAGCUCGCCACAGUGAGUCUUUCAUCAUCAUCAUCAUAAUGAUAAUAGCAUAGCUGUGGUGUGGGUUUCACAUAUUUGCAGUUUUUUUUUUUUUGAGGGGGGGGGGGGGGGGGGGGGGCUUCGUUAUUUGCUGAAAAACUCUCCAUUUUGCUGUUUUUGCACCAAAGCCCUGUCUAACAUACGCGUUUUGCUUGGGUGCAAGCUUGUGGGACGGAACUAUGUUGAAGUGAGGUGAGGAGCUUUAUAUGUAGUGCUUUGCUGCCAUCUUGUGGCAUCCACAGGCAACUACAACCUAUUUUUAAGGGGGUGUCAGGGGAUUCCUAGCGACAUUGGCACCUGUGGCCCAGUUCUUGGUCUUCAGUGAAGCUAACAUGCUAGCAUGCGUUUGGUACAACUCCACACAGCAAGGCUGCAACUCAAAGAACUGAACCUCAGAAUUGCGACGCCCACGUGCUAACCACUAGCUUCACCGUCCUACCCGCUCAUGUCGAUGAUUUAAUGUCACGCAAUUCUUUUCAUGCAUCCGUUUGUUUUGAUGUUAGUUUUAAAAAUGUGGAUUCAAUUUAUCAGGGAUUUCUCUGAGUACGAUCGCAAUUGAUUGUUGAAGGUGAGCUUACUCGUUUAUUUUGUGUGUGUGUGUGUGUGUGUUUAGCACAUGGAAGUCGUGACGUGAGCAUGUUGGCACUUGUGUGUGUUUGCGUUAACUACUGUCCUUGCGGCUUCGAAGGUCAGCGAGAGUCAAAGCGGCGCCGCCGCAGCUGCUAGCGAUCCCGUCGCAUCACAUCGAAAGCCGAGUGCGGCUUUCUGAUGUGCGGAUGCUUUAUGGAGUGGCCAGAGCGCUCCCAUGUGCCGCCGCCUGCCACAUGUGCGUGCGGGCCAAAAACCAGGACAACAAGACGACAACUCAGCUUUGAUGUGUCACAUUUCUUUACGUUCAAACUUGACGGCGCUGACUUUUGCUUUUGUUCCUCACAGACGCGGUCAAUGUGGCAUUUGUGUUCCGUGAUAAACUAAAUAUGACCGGUAUUUCAUGUCGUUGCUGUUUAUUGAAAGGGAAAAAUAAUUGGGGGGGGGGGAUUUUAACUAAGCAACAACAAUUACUUUUAUACAAUUCCCUAACGACAUUUGUCAAAAAAGCAUUUCUUGGAACAAAUAAAUUUUCUAUUUGUUAAAAGUCACAACUUUUCUGGGAAAAAAAAGAUUUUCUGGGGGAGAAAAAAUAGAUUUUUUUCUUUAAAAAAAAAUGCUAACUUCUCAAAAAAGUCAAAAUUUUGUUUGAAGCAGAAAGUUCUUGAAAAUUCUUGAAAACAAACAAUCUUGAGAAAAAUUUUGGUUUUCCUUGAAAAGAAUAUUUUUUUCUUGGAGAAAAAAAUAUUUGUGAAAAGCACAACUUGGAAAAUAAGUUCUUUUAAAACAUCUUCGGGGGGUGGGGGGGAAUUUGUGCGAAAAAUCUCGAUUUUUUUUUUUUUUUUUAAGAAAAAUGCAAACUUAAAAAAAUUUGUUAAAAGCACAAAAAAGUAAAAAAAAUUUUUUGAAAAUAAUUGAACAGUUUUUGAAAGCUGUGGCUGUACCGGUCGAUGUCCGUUGCUACCCUCGCCGCAGGUCGUGACCCGAAGAACAAGAUGGCGGACGCGAGCGGUCGAAAUGCGUUUCCUCCGCUGGGCGCCCAGGCUCUCCCUUCGAGAUUGGGCGACGAGCUCGGUCAUCCGGAAGCGGCUCAGAGUCGAGCCGCCGCUCCUCCGCGUCGAGCCAGACGAGGCGGCUCGGGCAUCUAAUUACGACACCUCCCUGGCGAGGCGUUGCGGGCACGACCCACCGGGAUGCGCCGGAGAGCUCCUGCCCUCCGGGGAAAAGACCCGGCGUUCCCCGGUAGAGGACGACGAAGUGGCUGGGGAGACCGCGAGCAGCGGUGCCCACGACCCGACCUCGGAUAAACUGAAGAAAAUGGAUGAAUGGAAGACUUUUUUCAAAAAAGUACUUUUCAAAAAGCCCAACUUUACUUGCAUAAGAUUACAACUUAUUUUGGUACGAUGACUUGAUCUCUUGAACAAUUCUUUUCUAUUGGUUGCGGCCCUUAUCCCGCUCGAUUCUUUUGAUGGCUCGUCUUUCAUUCUUGUUUUGGCGUGUUUGCUAUCCGCCGAGUGUGGCGCUCCCGAAGGCAACCUUCUCGCAACUCGAUCGAGUCCGAGCUCGCAGGCACCGGAGACGCUCACCUGUCAAGUCACCCGACCUGACGGACGGGUCCGGUCCCGCCCCCCCCCUCGGGCCCUCGCGGCUUCGUCGUCCGAGCGCAUCGGGGGACUUUUUCCGGCAUGCUCUCUACCAGCGUCGGCAUGUGUGCGACACAUGUUGUGUGAAGAUGACGCUGCAGUGUUCUGGAGGAUUAUUGAUUUGUUUUCUGCUUGAAGGUUGUUUCCUGUACUGCGCCAACCGCGGCGGCAGAGGCCGGAUGGAUGGCGACACGAGCGCUUGUAAAAGACACGUCAUGCUGUCAUUAAGUGCACAAAGCACUUGUGCGCACUCAGUAACGCUUUAGUGACUUCUUAUUUGACUUUUGUUUUCGCGUGACCACCCAAAAACCCAACUCUUU